AUGGCACUCAAGAAACUCGUUUCCGUUUCCGUCCUCUCCUCUCUCCUCACACUCUCCUCCUCCCAUCCCUAUCAGCCGCAUCCCCGGUGGGAAAAUCUCACCAACAUUCCCAUCGUCGCUCGCCAGGAGCACACGGGCGUCAUCCUCCCGCCCGACAACCUCGUCAUCUUCGGGGGCAUCAUCCCCAACGCCAGCGCGGUACCGAUUCCGUUCACCACGGUCAACAUUGUGCAGUCCUACUCCGUCGGCUCCAAAUCGUGGCGCACCCUCGCCCCGCUCCCGCGGGCCAUGAACCACGUCAACGUGGCCGUCGUCGACGGUAAGAUCUAUGCCUUGGGCGGCCUCGACGACGGCGGGCCAGAGCAGAUGGUCCUCAACGCCGUUGGCGACUCGUGGGUCUACGACCCCGCCGGGGACGCCUGGACGCCGUUGCCGCCCGUGCCGGAUGUGCCGAGAGGCAUGGCCGCCCUGGGCGUCCACGACGGCAAAAUCUUCCUCGCGGGCGGGUUCACAGCCCUGGGAAUGCGGGGCCAGGGGCCGCAUGCCUCCGUCUCGGACGUCUCCGUCUUCGACACCAAGACGAGCAAGUGGCUGCCGGACCUGCUUCCCGCCAACGCCAGACAUCUUCCGGCACCGCGCGAUCAUGCCGGCUACGUGGUCGUGGACGGCAAGCUGUACGUCGUCGGCGGCUUCGACAACGGUACGCCGGGCCGGUCGAACACGGUCUUCAUCCUCGACCUGACGGACCUCAACAAGGGGUGGAAGACGAGCGCGGCGCAGAUGCCAACGGCGCGGGGCGGCUUCGCUUGGGGGCUUUUGGGCAGCAAGUUGUACACCUUUGGCGGAGAGGGAAACCCAGAGGUCCAGAGCGGUACAUUCAACGAAACCGAGGUGUAUGACCUUGCGACGGACAGCUGGGCGAAGCUGGAGCCGAUGCCGGUUCCGAGACAUAGUGUCCCUGGGUUCGCUUUUGAUGGCAAGGUGUACAUUCCGGGAGGCGGGCUACUUGGCGGGGCAGCUCCGACAAGCCACUUUGACGUCUACUCUCCUUGA